AUGCUCCUUCUGUACGUCCGCCAUUCGGCCGACCUCGACGCCGCCGGCUUGCUCGCGCUGCUACGCCUCGCGCUGCACGAGCGGAAGCGAGCGCUGCUCGACCUCCUCGUCUGUGCGCCGCGCAACGACGUCUUCCUGCUGCAAGCGCUCCGCUGGUUGUCCCUCGAGGACGCGCUGGUUCUGCUCAGUCGGCUGCUCGAGCUCUUCUCGAGCUACGCCGGCGCGUGGCGGCUCGCCGGAGCGUGUGCGUCGGGACCCCCUCUCGAUGACGACAGCAGCAGCGUGCGAGGUGGCGGCGGCGGCGGGUGCACGCCCAUGCUCGGCCAACUCGUCGGCUGGACGAACGUGCUGCUGGACGCGCACGCCUCUCAGCUGCUGAUGCACGCGCCGGCGCACGACGCGCUGCAACAGCUCGGCAAGCUUGCUCGGAGGCACGUGCAGCUCUGCUCGGCGAUGAAAGGCCUGAAGGGCUACGUGGGCCAGGCGACGCUCAAGCAGUCCCGCCCGAUCCGGCCAAUCCCGGACUACUCGCUCGAGCUGCUGGAGAUGUAG